AGGCUCUCACAAGCCCACGAUGAUAUAAGAGUGCUUUAACAACCCCACACACCCACAGCCGAUCCCUCCUUUCUCCAAUUCACCGGCCAUGGUCGAAAGGGAGCAAGUCCGGCCGCUAGCUCCGGCCAGUCACCGCCUCAGCAGCGAGGAUGAUAAGGUGACCAACCACCUCAGCCGCCUCCGCCGUCGCAGAUGCAUCAAGUGCUGGGGCUGCAUCGCCGCCACCAUCCUCAUCCAAGCCGCCGUCGUCAUCAUCCUCGUCUUCACGGUCUUCCGAGUCAAAGACCCAGUCAUCAAACUCAACGGCUUCACAGUCGACAAGCUCGAGCUCAUCAACGGCACUACCACCCCUGGCCCCGGCGUCAACAUGUCCCUCACCGCCGACGUCUCCGUCAAGAACCCCAACUUCGCUUCUUUCAGGUACAAAAACACCACCACCACCCUCUUCUACAGCGGCACAGUCAUCGGAGAAGCUCGAGGGCCGCCGGGACAGGCCAAGGCCAGAAGAACCAUGAAAAUGAACGUGACUAUUGAGAUCAUUCUUGAUUCUCUCAUGUCGAAUCCGAGCUUGCUAACAGAUAUUUCUUCUGGGAUUCUGCCCAUGAACACCUAUUCCAGGGUUCCUGGGAGGGUGAAGAUGCUGAAAAUUAUCAAAAAGCACGUGGUGGUGAAGAUGAAUUGUUCGGUCACAGUGAAUAUUACGAGCAGAUCGAUUCAAGAACAGAAGUGUAAGAGGGAUGUGAAUCUAUGAAAUUUUCUGGGUUCGUGUUUUUUCAUCGAUUAGAGUUUGCAAUAUGGAGCUGAUCUCAUACGGAUGACCUUGUAUUAGGGUUCAGUGAUGGAUGGAGUUUUAUACGUAAUUUUUUUUUUCCCAUUUUUUUAAUUUGUAGAUUAUUAUAUGAUAUUUUUAGAUUAAAUAAAUAUGUAUUGUUAUUAUUGUGAUUAUUAA